GAGAGGGACGGUUGCCUUUUCCCAGUGAGGGGCCUCUUCUCGGAUAGUCGGCUGGAGGAGGUUGAUGCACUCCUCUCGAAGCUGGUGGAGCUGCGACCACAGGCAGCCAGCGGCGACGACCGGAACUUGGCACCGGAGGACUUGCUCAACUUACACUUGACCUGUCGCGAAGUGCUGGACCUGUGCAGGGAGCCUUCGUGUCUGCGGGCGGCCUCCGAUCUUCUGGGGACCUCUGACAUCAGCAUCUUCACUUCUCGGAUUCUGUGCAAAGAGCCUGGGACCGGGAAGGAAAUCGUCUGGCACCAGGACUCCAACUACUGGCCGCUCACGCGGCCCUGCAACAAAAAGCCUCGAUCUGAGCUUGGCUCAGGGGAUGUGGAUCCCUUGGUGGCGUCUCUUUGGCUAGCCGUGGACGAUGUCACUGCCGAGAAUGGGGCCAUGGAAGUUCUGCCCUUCACCGCGCAGCCCGAAAGCUGCGGUAAAAAUGUGCCCAGAGAGUUUAUCAAGGAUGCCGGAGGAAGCACCACUGGCUUCGACAACUUCAACUUAUCCUUGGACGAGGGUCGCCUCAACGCCCAUCGGAAGCGAACAGUGGCGAUUCGCCGGGGUGAGGCAGAGUUUCACUCAGCCUUCACCAUCCACCGCUCGGAUCCCAACCACAGUAGCCGACGUCGCUUGGCCUGGAUUGUGCGCUACUGCCCAACAGGCACGCGCGUGGUGAGUGGGGUCCGGGGCUCUUUUGAUGAGAGCUACCAGCUGGUCCCUGUGAUGGGGCGGGGUACGGGUGCGGAGACGGAUCCAGGCAAGCUGCGCAAGCUGCCGUGA